AUGUUCCAAGUCUUGGGGAUCGUAGCCAUCGUCGUGUUCUAUGUGCUCAUUCUGGUGGUCGGAUUGUGGGCCGCGAAGCGCUCCAAAAAGACGGAGGGCAUGUCGGAGAGUGAAGACGUCAUGCUGGCCGGCAGGAACAUCGGACUCAUUGUCGGCAUCUUCACAAUGACCGGCAAGUCCUCGCUGUUUCUUAAUUAUUCUCUUCUGGCGGCAGUACUCACUACGAGCAUAAGUAGUAUCGUCAGCACUGCCACGUUAGAAAGUGUGGCCUGCGAGGGACUCGACUAG